GAUCAAAGUGGUUGAGGGUUGUGCUUUCGACAGCAUUCAUGGCCACCCUCAGUUGUGCAUUGGACUUUCGUUAUGAUCGGUAGUAAUAGAAGAAUACAAAAUAAUUGUUCCACUUCUUCUGGUUCGUGUGGCACUAUUGUGAUUGAUGAAAAGUUUUGAUUUAAUAUAAAAUAAAAUUCAACCACAAGUGAAAAAUAUUUAAAAUAAAUAUUUAAUUAAUAAAAAAAAUUGGUGUAGAUAUUUUACAACGUCCAGUAGAGACUACGGACAAGUAGUUCAAAUUAAAUCGAAAAAAAAAAAAAAUCAAUUCUUAUCAAUAAUCCUCUGUGUGAUAUUAUUUUAAAAACAAUCUCUCCGAAAAAAGUGCUGAGUGUCCCUACAACGGAAAACCUAGAAUUUUCCGCCUACCACCGUCUUUUAAGGCGGAACAGUUCUUUGCGUUAUCUAAAGAAUACUAUAAUAAAUAGUAGUACAAUUGUAUGCCAAGAUGUCGGAUAUAGAUAACAUUAUUUCCGAGUUACAACGUUUCAGUUGGCUUGACUAUGUCGUGUUUGUCGCCAUGUUUGUGCUGUGCAUAUUCAUUGGCAUUUAUUUUGGCUUCAUGAAGAAAUCUGUUGGAGAAUCCGACUAUCUUAUGGGUGGUCGUAAUAUGUUAGUUUUUCCCAUAGCAUUAUCUUUGGUGGCCAGUUUUAUAUCGGGCAUUACAUUGCUGGGUCUACCGACGGAAGUGUAUUCGUAUGGUAUACAGUACACCUAUGUUGGACUUGGUGUUAUUUCUAUGGGCUUUGUUAUGGGCAUAUUUUAUUUGCCUGUUUUUCAUAAUUUAAGCAUUACGUCGACUUAUGAGUACCUUGAAAGCCGUUUUGAUAUCAGAUUACGUAUGUUUGGAUCAGUUAUGUUCACUAUGAUGAAUAUUGGUUAUUUGCCGAUUGUAAUUUAUGUGCCUGCAUUGGCCUUCAAUCAGGUCACUGGAGUGGCAGUACACACUAUCACACCCAUUGUCUGUAUAAUUUGUGUCUUCUAUACAAGUUUGGGUGGUCUUAAGGCGGUUGUUUGGACUGAUGUUGUGCAAACCAUAUCAAUGAUAGGUGCUUUGGUAAUGGUGGCUAUUAAGGGCAGCAUAGAUAUAGGAGGAGCUUCUAAAGUUUUAGAAGAAGCCUGGGAUUCGGGUAGAAUCGAAAGGCCAGAUUUUAAUAUUAAUCCCACCGUAAGACAUACCCUCUGGUCACAACUAAUUGGUGGAGUUUUCUAUUGGACACAAUCAAAUGCUGUGUCCCAAAAUAUGAUACAAAGAUAUUUAGCUUUGCCAACCUUAGGGGCAGCACGCAAGGCCUUGUGUCUGUUUUGUUUGGGAGUUUUAAUCUUAAUGGCUCUUUGCAGUUUUAAUGGUUUACUAAUCUAUGCUACCUAUAAGGAUUGUGAUCCCUUGACUACUAAGUUGGCCAAGGCACGUGAUCAACUGUUGCCCUUGUUUGUUAUGAAAACUUUGGGUGAAUAUCCCGGCUUAACUGGUCUAUUUAUAGCUGGAGUUUUUAGUGCCGCUUUGAGUUCUUUAUCCACCUGUUUAAAUUCCAUGUCAGCUGUAGUUUUAGAAGAUUUUAUUAAGCCUUUCAUGGGUCGACCUUUAUCCGAUACGGCUCAUAUGUGGAUUAUGCGUUCUGUGGUUGUAGGAGUGGGUGCUUUAUGUGUGGGUUUGGUUUAUGUGGUAGAACAUAUGGGUACAGUUUUACAAUUGGCCAUGAGUUUGGAGGCCAUUACUAAUGGUCCUCUGCUGGGUAUAUUUACAAUGGGUAUUUUUAUGCCCUGGAUAAAUGGUCAUAGUUCUCUACUUGGUGGUGUUUUGGGUGUAAUCGCCAUGUCUUGGAUUAGUUUAAAAAAUCAAUGGGCUGUUGCCUCCGGUGCUUUGAAAUAUCAAACUAAACCCUUAACGGUUGAACAUUGUGAUUAUCGCUUUGAAUCUGUAUUUAUGUCAGCUGCCAAUACUACUUCUUUAAUGCAUGAAACCGCAGAUGACAUCUUUCCUUUGUACCGCAUUUCUUAUAUGUGGUAUACUUGUCUGGGUGCAGUCAUAACUAUUGUUAUUGCCAUCAUCUGUACGUUUAUCUUUGGUGGCAAUGAUCCAAAUAAAAUUGAUCCAUGUCUACUGACACCGUGUAUACGUAAAUAUUUUAAUUAUAGUGGAGAAGAUUUAAAAUCCAAGAAUAUCCAAAAUGACAUUCCAUUAAAAAACAAAAUAUUGGCCGAUGAAGUAGCUCUUUAGAGGAAUUUUCAACAUAAGCGUCCGAGUCUUAUGCAAGUAAAAUAUGCAAAUAAUUUUACACAUACAUAUGUAUGUUUAAAUAUGUAUAUUUUUGUGUUUAGUCCACAACUUUAUUUUAAAAAUAUAAAGUAAAUUAAAUAAAUUGUUGUAAAUACUUUAAUUUUAUAAAGAUUGUUUAAGUAUGUUAUUAGUAAACUAUAAAUUGUCAAUUAGAUCAAAUGUAUAUGUUAAAUGGUCCUUCGGAUAUGAAAUAUAUUUUAGGGUGGUUUAUAUAUAUAUCAAGAGAUUGGCUAAUAAAAAAAAAUAAGAAAAAUCUAAUAUUUAUAACAUUAAAAAAAAUCUCGAAAACAGCCAUGUUAAAAUUGUAACAAAAUAUUGUGAAUAAUUUGUUUAAAAUGAUAAACUACUACCAUCUAUUUAUAUAUAUCGUGAACUCGAUCAGUGCUAGAUCAUAUAAAACUGUAUUGUAAUUGUAUGAAUAAUAAAUAAAUGUUUUAUGCUUGUAAGAAUUUUUAAUCAAAUACUAUUAAAUAUAAUUUACUUUUAUAAGAUUGUAUAAAUAAAUACGCAAUUAGUUAAAAAAUAAAUAUAAAA